UGCUUGAAGGAUAUGACAACGGUAUAUAGCUUCCUUCUCAAAUUAAGCAAACGCCCUUCUUCACCUUUAUCCUUUAUAAAACUAACUGCCAUUUCCAUCCCAACUCUCGAACAUCAACUAGCUAGCUAGUGGUUAAUCUCCAGCCACAGUAAUGGCAAGGGACGAGGCUGCAGCUCGAGCACCCAGGCAAUCCAGCCCCGCCAGAACCCUAGCCAUCUUCUUCCUCGCCCUAAUCGUCAUUGUGGGUCUCGCCGUGCUCAUCAUCUGGCUCGCCAUCAAGCCCAAGAAACUCGUGUACACCGUCGAGAAAGGCACCAUCCAUGGCUUCAACCUGACCCACGCCCAGCUCAACGCCACCUUCGACUUCGCCAUCCGAGCGCACAACCCCAACACCAAGGUCGCCGUCUACUACGACAAGGUGGAAGCGUUCGUCUCUUACGACGACGAGAAAGUGGGGUUCGGCUCGCUCAGCCCCUUCUUCCAGCCUCGCAGGAACGUCACCCACUUGGAGCUCCGGCUGGCGGCCCAGAACGUGACGCUGUACGAGAACGCGGAGAGGGAUUUGAGGCUGGAGAAGUCGGCCGGAGAGAUGGAACUGGAUCUUCAUCUGAAGGCGAGGAUAAGGUUCAAGGUGGGGAAGUGGAAGUCGAGGCAUUAUCAUAUGAAGAUCUUGUGCUCGCCGGCCAUGGCUCGCUUCUCGUCGUCGAAGCCCUUCCAGGCGACGCGAUGCGACGUCGAUGUAUGAGCUGGACUUUGUUUAAUUUAAUUUAGUGGCUAUUUAUUCAUUGAAUGAUGGUUGUGUUGGUAGUAUUAUUAAACUAUUGGUCUCUGUUUUAAUUAAUUUCUUUCUAUUUUUGACUGUUGUUAUGGGGAGAAAUUAAGAAAUGAUAUUGUGGUGUUUGUUUGAUGCUGGGAUUGUAAAAGUUGUAUCUGUAUAUGUCGUCUGAGACUUUCUUGCUGCAAUAUUGCAUGUAUACCAUUUACUCUGCAAUCUGCAAGCAAGAGAAUCAGAGAUGAAUGCAAGUAUUUGUUU